AUGGUGAUCAGAAGUAUGCUGAUUGGUUUAUUGUGUCUAUCGAUAACUGGUAUAAUUUUCAUAUGGUUUACCAGUAAUAAAUCAGUCAGCCAAUGUUCACUGGUAGAUGCGAUUUGCAAGGACGUCUACUUCAGGCAAUGUACACGAUCAAGAGAUUUAUGGCUUGAGUGCAUUGGAAAGUUGAACCGACUGAGCAAACAACAAAGUCCAUAUCUGAGAGAGCUGAAGUCAACCUGGCCACCAGCUACAAUCACUGACUUAAUUGACAACCAGCUGCCAAUAAUUAAUCUUGCAUUGCACAUUCCGUUUGAUAAGAAUGCCGAAAACCCACUAAAUAACAAAUACUACCAUGAGUAUCUCAACCUUAUAUCUAAUAAAAGUGUUCACCGUGAUCGAAACACUUGGCUGUCAAUUUUUCAUGGUGGAAUGACAGAAGUGGGUUUCAGUGCAUCUAAUUAUGCGCUGUUCCCUCAAACAUUGAAUUUCCAGAAAGUUAUACAUGAAGUCGAGAAUGGCAUCCCAGUGAAAACGCUCCCAAUAAAUAAUCCAGAGUUACUCGUGCUUCGCUUGCCUAAAAACGUCUGCAACCCAAAUCAUACAAAGAAUCAUCUGAGACGAAUGACUGGUGGAUGCGUUCACGGAUCAUCAGUUGUUGAAAGACCGAAAUCCAUAGAUACAAUUAGUGGUAUCUGGGCAUUGUCGUUCAAAGAAUUCCCAUGGAAGACAUUUCCUCCAUACUUUCAUGGAGCUAGUUAUAUUUUGGGAUCAAAUAUAGUUAGGCAUCUUGCUAUUGUUAGUGCCUUCACGCAGUCCAUUCAUAUUGAUGAUGCCUAUCUUGGUAUACUCAUGAACAAACUGAAUAUUCCACCUCAACAUCUGAAUAUCUUCCCUCUUGUGGCUGGAAAAUGUGAUAUAUUAUCUGGUGCAAUUUGUGUGCGCUCUGAUAUAAGCAAAAGAAUUAUGAAUUGGAAGACAGAGUAG